ACAUACGGCGACGCACGGCGAAGCAGCGCAGUAGCGUACGGAGCAGAGGGUGCGGAGCGAGCGCGGCGAGAGGAGUCCGAGCAAAAGUCGGACUGGUGACGGGGAUCAUGCAGCCGCCAGGCUACGAUUCGGACAGCGAAGACGAGCUCCCUCCAACAUGGGAGGAACGGGUCAGCCUCGAUGGCAGGGUCUUCUAUGUCAAUCACACGGAGAAGGUGACCCAGUGGAGGCACCCCCGGACAGGAAAGAAGAAAAACGUACCUCAGGAGCUUCCCUUUGGAUGGGAAAAGGUUGUUGAUCGUGAGGGCAAGGUGGUGUACGUGGACCACGAGAGCCGCACGACGAGCCUCACCGACCCGCGGCUGGCGUUCGCCGUGGAGGAGCAGGAGGGCGGCGAGGAGGGCAUCCGGCAGCGGUUCGACGGCUCCAGCUCGGCGCUGCAGGUGCUGCACGGCCGGGACCUCAGCGGACGCGUGGCGCUGAUCACCGGCGCCAACUCAGGCAUAGGCUACGAGACGGCCCGGUCGCUGGCCUACCACGGCUGCCGCGUGAUUUUCGCCUGCCGCGACCUGGAGAAGGCGCGCGCCGCCGUCGACACCAUCAGAUCGGAGCGCGCCAACAGCGUGUGUGACGUCAUUCACCUGGACCUGGCCAGCCUGGCGAGCGUGCGCGAGUGUGCCGCCGAGUUCCACAGGCGCCACAGACAUCUGCACAUGCUGAUCCUGAACGCGGCGGUGUUCGCGCCGCCGCACACGCUGACUGAAGACGGGCUCGAGUCGCAGUUCGGUGUGAACCACCUGGGCCACUUUUACCUGACCCUGCUGCUGGAGCCGGCGCUGGCGCGCACCCGCGGCGCCCGCGUGGUGGUGGUCUCCUCCGAGUCGCACAGGCUGUCUCGUCUGUCUGCGGAGGAUUUCACGUUGGAGAACCUGUCCCGGCCCGCCAGCAAGUACGUCGGCAUCGUCGCCUACAACGACUCCAAGCUGUGUAACAACCUCUUCGCCAGCGAACUCAACAGACGAUGGUGCUCCAAAGGCAUCACGAGCAGCUCACUACACCCGGGCAACAUGGUCAGCAGCUCGCUGGGCCGCCACUGGUGGGUGUGGCGAGCUCUCUUCACAGUUGUGCGACCCUUCACCAAGUCCCUGCAGCAGGCGGCCAGUACCAGCGUUUACGCCGCCACGGCGCCGGAGCUGGAGGGCUUCGGUGGCCUCUACAUCAACAACUGUUGCGCCUGUCCGCAAUCCGACGCGUCCGACGACCGGGAGCGGGCCGACCGCCUGUGGCGGCUCAGUGAGCAGCUGAUCACGGACCGGCUCGGCCCAGACGCCCUGCAGCCGCCGCUCAGCUGAGGGUGGCGGCUCAGUGGGCGGCUGAUCACGGACCGGCUCGGCCUAGACGCCCUGCAGCCGCCGCUCAGCUGAGGGUGGCGGCUCAGUGGGCAGCUGAUCACGGACCGGCUCGGCCCAGACGCCCUGCAGCCGCCGCUCAGCUGAGGGUGGCGGCUCAGUGGGCGGCUGAUCACGGACCGGCUCGGCCCAG